CUGAAAUAUGCAUAAAAAUGAUAAUUAUUGAAAUGAAUAGUCUCCGAUAAUAAACGAAUAUUAUAAAAGUGAAAUACUGUAACCCAUAUUAUUUAUUUCCAGUUAUAGUGAAUGGAAUUUGUGAUAUAUUGUUAAAAAGAUUGAAUAUGGAUCCAGGUAUAAUAUGUUUUCAGCACUGUGGUCCAAAAAUUUUUUGUUUUACCCUGCCAGAAGCUUGCCCAGCGUGCCAAGAAGAUUUAGAAACUGCGAAUUUUUCACUCUUGCCAUUCAGGGUUCCUUAUCCUUUUAUAAAAGCAUCUCAAUACCCUUGCUCAGUAGUUAUUAAACCAACGACAGGAGAUUUUCUAAACGAUUACCACAAUUCAAAAGAUUUGCACAUAGGAGUUACUACCUCAGAUGGCAAAAUUGUAGAAUUCGACAGACACGGUCUUAGAUGCCACAGAAGUAAUCAAUGGAGCCAAUGUUUACUACUAGAACAAGUUCCUGGACCCUGGCGAGACCACUGGGACAACGUUCUAAAAAAAGUCUGCUCUCAAGGAUUUUGGUCCUCGGAAAUAUACAAAGAAGAUACUCAUAACUGUUUUACGUUCGUCUUGACAUUUUUAGUUAAUUUAGGUUACUAUUCUUUAAGUGCUGCUGCAAAAAGUAAAACGGUUUUUUGUGAAAAAUUUAUUAUUCCUAGAACCAGCUCCGCUGGAAAAUAUAUAUCGGUGUAUAGGAGGUUAAAAUCCGGCAUUUAUAUUCAUAGGAUCCAAAAAUAUUAACCAUAUAAGGUAACGAUUCUUCAAAAUAAUUCAAUAUCUCCAAUAUUAGAACUGGUAUAAUGAUUAAGACUUUUAAUUCUAAAAUUUAAUAUGGCGCAUAAAGAAAAUGGGUAUUGGCAAUAUGUUGG